UUGUAAGGGAUGAUAAUCGUUUUAUGUUUGAAGUUUUGUUUAAAAAUAAAAAAAAAAUUCCAAAAAAAAUAAAAUAAAAUAGGAGAGGCGGGGAAGUGAAUCCUCCCUUACACAUAGACGCACACGCACUCUCUCUCUCUCUCUUACACACACUCACACACACACACUAACACAGCCAAGCCUUCACCCCAACCCCUGGGCCUUCUUCCAGCUGGAAGAGGGAGGGGAAGCCAAUCCACACCUCGGAUUCUUAAAAUAGAGAGAUGACUCGCUCUCCCGCACAGCCCGCGGUCGAACAAUGGGGUCGCUGCGGAUGAUAGGCGCCUUUGAUUGACAGCUGGGGUGUUGUGAGGAAGGGCUGGGUGCGCGGCUCGCUCUCUCCGAGGCUUAUAUAGAGGCUGGAGGUGGGGAAGGCAGGAGGAGAGCGCGGCUGGCAGGCAGGCAAGUAAACAAGCAAGGCAGAGAGUCAACCCUACGAGAGAAGCAGGCAGGCAGGCAGGCAGGAUCACUGGAUCCGUGGAUCCCCGCGGCCGCCUGUUGCUGGGCUUUUCUUCUCCUCCUCGCUCACCUCCCGAGGUCCGGCGGUCCCUCCGGGUUUCUACCUCUUCCCCCCCCACCCCCCACCCGCCAUGCACUGCCAAGGCGGGCUCCGGCUGCCUUCUCCCGGGCAGCAGCUGAAAGCAGCCAGGCGGCGCUACAAGACCUUCAUGAUCGACGAGAUCCUCUCCAAGGAGACGUGCGAUUACUUCGAGAAGCUCUCGCUCUACUCCGUCUGCCCUUCGCUGGUCGUCCGGCCCAAAGCUUUGCACUCCUGCACCGGAUCCUCCUCUCUCCGGGCUUAUCCACUCAUCUCUGUCAUCACCAGACAGCCUUCCGCCGUCUCUCACUUCAUUCCUGCAGUGAGCACCUCUCGGGUUCUCUCACCGCUCCCACCUUCGGGAAGCACCUGUUUAGAGAGCCAAGCCAACGAAACUCAUGGAAGCAGUGAAUCCGAGACAGAGCAGCCCACCAUCCCCUUGAAGAAGCCUCGUCGCAGCCGGACCAUCUUCACAGAGUUGCAGCUGAUGGGACUGGAGAAGAAAUUCCAAAAGCAGAAGUAUCUGUCCACCCCAGACAGGCUGGAUCUUGCUCAGUCACUGGGCCUCACUCAACUCCAAGUGAAAACCUGGUAUCAGAAUCGCAGGAUGAAAUGGAAAAAAAUGGUCCUGAAAGGGGGACAGGAGGCCCCCACAAAGCCCAAAGGCCGCCCAAAGAAAAAUUCCAUUCCCACCUCAGAGGAAAUCGAAGCAGAAGAAAAGUUAAACAACCAAACUCAGCCAGAGGUCUCGAAGGAAAGCCAAGCAGAAGAUGACUGUGGCUUGACCGAGGAGCAGUUGGGCUCCUCUUCAGAUACCGAUGGAUCUCUUAAACACAUAGCAGAGGCAUCCCCAGGGCUGACAACCUCAAGUUAAGAGCCACCUCAAAGCUCCCGCAGGGGACAAUGCAUAAACUGGAUGUCCCUGCACCUUGUGCCUUAAGAAAUCGAUUGGUGUGAUAGGUGACGGCUGGAUGAGGAGAUCCAAUGUUAACCAGGAUGGUUUCUUGACCGCCCCAGUGUCAAGUUUCCCUACACGUAUCCUGGAAUCUGAGUAAUUCUCCCAAAAACUGCAUGCUAAAGAGAUUGGCGCUUCCGAAACAACACAAGCGACUCAACUCCUCACGUUUCCACGAGAAGAAGCGUUUUAGGGACUUCAGCAUGCUGAAGAUACUGGUUCUUUAUCUUGCCAUAACUGAUGAUGUUGUUGUUGUUAUUGUUGUUGUUAUAAUUAUUAUUCAGAAUGCUUUAAAAUGGAUUCUAAGUGGCAACUACCAAAGACAGGGAGAACAGGAUUCCCACUGUUGCAUUAUGUAAAAGUGCCAACGCAAAGCAUUUUUCAUGGGUCAUUCAAAAUAAGGGGAUGUCAGUGAUCUCCCAUGAUGCUGGCCAGAGAGUGAUCUUGGUGGCAGUCAAAAGAAAUAGCAAUAGCACUUAGAUUUACAUACCACUUUACAGUACUUUACAUCCCUUUUGUAAGCGGUUUACAGAGUCGGCAUAUUGCCGCCAACAAUCUGGGUCCUCACUUUACCCACCUUGGAAGGAUGGAAUCAACCUUGAGCCUGGUAAGAUUCGAACUGCCAAAUUGCAUGUAGGCAGAAGAAGUAGCCUGCAGUACUGCACUCUAACCACUGCGCCACCAAGGCUCAUAUUAAAUAUUAAUAUGAUGAAGAAAUAUUAACGAUGCUCUCGAAUUGUGAGUCUCAAGUGAGCUAAUUUCCUAAAAGAUCGUUUAAGCCACCAGGAAAGGUAGAAGAAGCAAAUGUCCUAGGAAGAGCUACCUUGGCAGCAAAUAUAUUGAUUUGAUCAACAAUGAUCAGGGGCUGGUUUUAGCCACUCAGUAGGCUGAAGUUGCAAUCCAGAACUGUUAUUCGCAUAGCUCCAUACUAGCUACUCUUUGUCCCCAUUGAACUGUAAGAAAACUAUAUUGUUCCAUACCAGAAUCCAACAUCAGAGGUUGGAAUUUUGAGGAGAACAUCGAGGCCCUAAGUUCUCUGGGGAUGAUCAGUGGCAAAUCUGAAUGGAUACUGCCAGCCCAACUUUGCUAUUUACUCAACUUGCUUUUCUGAGUAUCCUGUUUCCCCCAAAAUAAGACAUCCCCUGAUAAUAAGCCCAAUUGGACUUUUGAGUGCAUGGCAAUACGGCUAAGCACUUAUUUCAGAGUUCAAAAAAAUAUAAGACAGUGUCUUAUUUUCGGGGAAACACGGUAGAAAGGCAAUAAGGGAGGUGACGUAAUAGCAAUUUCCUGUCCCUUUGUACUCUCUAUCUAGACCAGGAGUGUCAAACUCAAUUUCAUUGAGGGCCGCAUGAGGGCUGUGGUUGACCUCGGGGGCCUGUGUGGGUGUGGCCAACUGUGUGGGUGUGGCCAUCUUGACGCCACUCCCCAAACUGCUGGCAAGUUUCCUUUUCGCAUUGGGUAGACCAGGACGGCCCACGUGAGCCAGAUCCAACCACAUCACAGGUCACUUGGCCCGUGGGCCUUGAGUUUGACACCCCCGAUCUAGACUGUGGUCCGGGUUUAACUUAGUAGAAGAAGGCUUGUGUGGGGGUACUGGAGGCUGAGAAGGGAUCCACUUGGUCAUAAGUGUGCCCUGAAAAGAUCUGGCACAAGAGUCUUCCACACCUGGAUCAUUGCUAGACUGACACAUUUCUUCUGGAGAACCUUUGAGUCAAUGUAGACAGCAGAAUGCCAGUGCAAGCCAUUUAAUGGCUUCUUUCAGCACAGAGAACAUUAUUGGGCAUCUAAAGCAAGCCUUCCCUUCAAUCAUCUGGAUGUUGUGACCAAGGCCCAAGUAGUGAUUACCAAACACAAUUCAGUCCUCAACAAAGUUAUUUUAUUAAAACAGCUGAGAAUUAAUUCAUUCUCAGCUUAGUCCAAAACAAAAUUCUUCAUAACCAGUCCCUCGGCCUUAUCACCAACCUUUGAUGUCUUUGGCAACCAGCCAAAGGCUUUUCUUGGCAAAAAUCCCACAAAGUUCAAGAAACCCUGACAAGAAGCACUGGAAUCAACGUUGCUUUUCUACAAAGAACCCAACAGCUCCUUGCUGCUCGUUUAAGCCUUAUGGGAGGGGCCAAUCAUCUUCUGGCCUUACUCCCGAGUUGUCCUUUUUUCUUCAGCUGCUCUUGCCUUCCAGCAGCUCUGUGCAUGCGUGCACUAGGAACAGGCUCCUCCUGUUCUUCUGCCUCUCUGCUCUCCGCCUCUGGAGGCUCCGGAGUCCACGCAUUGCUCCAAGAUGGCCCUGGCCCCAUCUCUGCCUUCAAUGCAGAGCCCUCGUCUGGGCCUUCCCCUGACUCCAGGACUGGCCUAUUGUCCUCCCCAGCCUCCUCACUGUCCGACUCCGCUGCCACGUCCGCAGGCUGCUGGCGGACCACAACACUGGAAUACUGUGUUACCCUGGAAAUGAAAUGGAAGUUAAUAGGAGAGCAAGCAAAACACUAGCAUAUAGUAUUUCCCCCCCGAGGGUAUCUGUGCAAUGAAUUGUUAGGAAUUGAAGCUGCCAUAAUCAAAAGCCAGUUUACCCUUUAUGCGUUCGCCUCUGGCCAGUUUAUAUUAAGGAGGAGCAGCUAGGAGUUUCCUUCUGUUGCGAUCUCCUUUGUACGUUUCUUCCACUUUAAAAAAAACCAAACCAAAUCAUCGUUUUAAACAACGCAUCCAAAGCGUGCAUCAAAAUGGUAUUUGAAAGCUUGUUUGUUUGUUUUUUAAAAAAAUGUUAUUUGCUCCUACACACCGUUUGUAUUUUUAAAUGUUUGUUCCCUCAAGGUAAGGGUUUGCAAAUAUUUUUGAUGCCUUUUUGUGCCAAGAAUUGUAUUAAAAUUUUGGUGAGGGCAGGAGCUCCAGAGUUACUGAUUUUUGUAAAAAAAUCUAUUUGCAAAAUGGGUGAAACAAAGAUCAGGUCAGUUCACCGGAUUUGAAAUUUGUCAGUGUAGUGCAAAGGCCUUCAAACUUGGCAGUUUUAAGACUUGUGGACUUCAACUCCCAGAAUUGGAGGGAGUUGAAGUCCACAAGACUUAAAGCUGCCAAGUUUGAAGGCCUCUGAUGUAGUAGUUACUGGAAACAGCUCAACCUCACAAGCCUCUCUUUGCAUAAGAGUCAGGCUUGAUCACAUGUUGGAAAAUGUCAUGCCUUAUUCAAUUAAUUAUAUUCUUCUGAGUAAUGAGUUCCAGCAAAUAGAUACGCUACUGUGAUGCAAUCCGGUUUUUAAAGACAAAAUACCUGAGAAUCAGACUGGGGAUUCUUGGGACUAUCAGAAGAAUCAAGAGGGCUCCCACAAAUGUCUGAUUGGUGACCUUAUUUUACCAGGUUGCACAUCUGAUAUAAAAAAGGAAAGGGCCGGCCUUUGAUGCAGUCAUUGGGACUGAUGUUCUUCACCCUUUGGUGAAUGGCCCUGAAGCCACAUUCAAAACAAUUAUGACAAUAUAGAUCAGGGGCAUCCAACUUUGGCAACUUUGAGACCUAUGGAACUUCAACUCCCAGAAUCCUCUACUCCAGAUCAGUUCAGGAAGCGUCUUUGUGCCCAUCUCUUUCCCUCAGCUUUGGAAGGUUCCAUUUGUGGUUGUUGCCAUUUCUCACCUGGGAACUGUUUCUCCUGUUGAGUAAUGCAGGUGAGGAGCGCUGAACCCAUCCAUCCUUGGUAUCUGCAAGGAAAACAAGUCACGAACUCGAGUAGAAAUUUUUUGCAGGAGAGGGAUUUGCGUUUUAUUUUCCAGCCCUGUGUGCCAAAGUUUAAGAUAACCAUCUUGUUUCCUACAGUCUUGUUAAAGGGUGCGUUUUUCUUUUUGCCCAGAUGCUGCAAAGAACUGUAUCAAGAUAACCUUUAUUUUUUAAUUAAAAAAAUAAAAUGUGUAAAUAAAGGAG